AUAUGAUUCCCAGCCGAUUCCAUGUAAUAAUGUAGCCGCUCAACUUUUUCUUCUCCCGGUUAAUAAUAGUGGAAUUAAAAAUUAAUUCGGUCAAAAUUUUGACUAAAUUUAAUGUCAGCUAUGGCCACCACAGUUCUUAGUCAAAUUUCUGCCUUAAAUCAUGAUAUUGACGUUACAUCAAAGAUUCUUGAGACCGUUAAAUCCGACUUGGAAAAUGAUUCAGUGGAUAUGGAUAAUAAUGAAAACAAAAUUAAACUUGAGGCCGCUUUAGAAUCCUUGCUAAACGCUGCAUUUCCGACGACUUGUCAACUCCUGGAGGAAAUUGGGGAGAGAAUUCAAUUCUUCUGGAAUUCGAGAAAUCACCCGGAGGACGAGGUCACCGUAAAGCUCGAGACUGACGUCGACGAUCUCACCUUUGUGGAGGAAGGAUUAAUCAUAAUACCAGAAAAUCUAUAUGACAGAGAUAAUGGCGAAGGAGAAUUUGCUGAUCCUCUUGCAGAUAUUGAGUGUAAAGAGGAACCUAACGAUGAUGACGCAGCCUUUUCCGAUAACUUAGAAACGACAGAAAUGAAAACCGUGGCGACACGAAAAAGAUCUCCCGGGCGCAAAUCGCCCACAAAAUUACACACCAGCGAUGAUUCCGAAGACGACAAUGAUGGAAUCGGGGGUACAAUUCUCAUGGACGAACAAGCUGAAGCAUCGCUUCGAAAACGUGAAUAUAAUCACAAAAGAAAACCAGCAACUAACGUACAAGAAGACGAGGACAAGAAAUUUAAUAAUUUUAAACCUGAUGACGACAAGCCUACCUGCAAAAACCGCUCAAAAACUGAUGCAAGAUUGCCCGUUGCCCCGUCAAACUUCGUACGAAUCCAAGGAAAAGUAAUAUACUGCCCUUUUCGCGGUACACAAGUCAAAUCGCAAAACAGCCUUCCAACUUAUCUGGCCCCUAAACCCACCAAUCCCCCAGAACCAUCAUCAGAAUGUCACAUUUGUCACAAGACUUUCACAUCCAUCCAAAAGUUUAAGGAUCACAUGUACAACCAUAAAAGACCCAAGAAAACUAGUCAACCUACGGACAAAUACGCCUGCCACAUUUGUGACGAAAUCUUCUCCACCAAACCAAGCAGACGUCAUCAUAUCAUGGCCACCCAUUCUGCGACCCAAGGUAAAAGAAUAGCCUGUACUUUGGCCGGAUGUGAUGCGACCUUUUCAGGGAAAAACUAUCUGAGAACGCACUUCAAAGCUUUCCAUUCGAAUGAAAGAUAUGUCUGUGAGCUGUGUGGGAAAUCGUUUCCAUGGCAACGGUCAUACGCCAGGCACAAGGAAAUGGCACAUAAUUACGACGGAGGCAAAUUAUCGUGCAGCCUGUGCUCAAAAUUGCUGAAAAAUGAGGCAUGUUUAAAGAGUCAUCUAGCCUCGAUACACAAUCAGGUAAGCGAGCACGCUUGCCACCUCUGUGAUAAGAAGUUCAAGAAAAAGGUGCACCUGCAACAUCAUUUAAACACACAUGAUGGAAAACAGGAUGGAUUGAAUCGAAGUAAUGAAGAUAUCGAGUGAAAGUGACAUACCAAAUUACGUUGACAUUGUUUUCUACAAACUUUUGUAAAAUAGUAAAAUGCAAACCUAUUUAUAUUUAAAAGUCUUUACAGCAAAAUGUUUACCUCAUAACUAAAUAUUUAUAUUUACAUAGUUAUGUCGAUUAACUAAUGUUAUAAUUAUUACUAGGUAUUCAAUAAAUACAAGUUUAUUCAGUCUCAACA